CUUGUGACAGUUUUUAAUACGGUUUUUGUGAUUCGUACACCAAGCGUAUCAAUUCUGUACAAAAAUUCCCAAGUUUCUUUUGGUAUACUUUAGCUGGUUGUUUAUCGCAUCAUUGAACACAGUUUUUAUUAAUUAGUUCAUUUGACUGUGGUUAAAUAUUUCGUAAAGGAACGCACUUCGUUCAAUAAAAUAACACGAUAUUAACAAUGACCUUUGGAAGGUUUUGCCUUUUUGUCAAUGUAAAAAUUUACCAUGCAAGGUUUCCCUAAUCUAAUCAAAGCGCUCAUACAAAAAAAAAGUUAACGAGACUUGUACCAUGGGAAAGUUUUUUGCCAAAAAGAGAGAAAGCUAGACAAGACUUAAUUUUAAUUUGUUAGUAUUGUACUUUUGUACUAUUUGCCAUAAUCUUAUGAUGAUCUGGUCCAAUGAUAGUUAUACUGUUAAAGAGUUAAAGUAAGUUCUACUAUACGAUGUCAUUAUUCAAAUAAAAAUGUGCUCCUUACGUGAAAAACCCAUAAAAAUGUGCGAUGUAGAAAGGUACAUGUAAUACAGUGCGAUGAUUUCAUAAAAAUAAAUUAAACAUGUUUAAAGUGCUUGCAAUAAUUACCAUCUUUUUUUUAACUCCUUGCUUAACAACAUUCGAAUUAAAACUAAACAUUCGCCUAUUAAAUAAAAUAAUCGAAGACAUUCUGAGCAUAGUAUACGGGGUGGAAAUAUUUGAAAAAACUGCAUGCUCUUCUGUGAAGGACCAUCAUAUCAAAAUUUAUCUGUCGACAUCAUGGACCCCUGAGAAGGAAUACAUUCUUACCCCUAGCAAUCUAGAUAAUCUCACCCAUUUUAAUAUAUCGCUCGAGACCAAAUUUUUAACCCACGGAUGGUUGUCCGGGGCCAAAGUGGACUGGCUGAUAAAUAUGAGAGACGCUUACCUAGAAAACGGUCAAUACAACGUAUUAACUCUGGGUUGGGAGGAAUAUGCAGUUGGCAGAUAUUCAUAUUCGAAAUGCUUUUUAAAUAAGGUAGCAGAAAGGGUUGGUCAUUUUUUAUAUGACUUAAAGCAGAUAACUUCACUAAAUUUGAACGAAAUUCAUCUAAUAGGACAUUCCCUUGGUGCUCAUUUAUUCGCUCUAGCUUCGCAAACAACCUUUCGAUUAACAGGUGGACAAAAAAUUGGAAGAAUUACAGGAUUGGAUCCAGCAGGUCCAAUGUUCUGUCAACCUCACCUUCAAAAAGCCGAUAAAAGAUUAUCCGAAGAUGACGCCCUUUAUGUGGAUAUCAUACACACAAAUGGGGGUGAAUUUGGCUGCAGACAAACAAUCGGGCAUGCUGACUUUUUUCCAAACUGUGGCACAAAACAACCGGGUUGUUCAGAAUUUAGCAUAAGACUGAUAGAUAUAGCUAACACGUUUAAUAGGUUCUUCGAUUCUAUUAUGUGCAGUCAUGGAAGAAGCCAUCAGAUGUGGAUUGAAAGUAUUAUAAAUAAUGGGUUUAUAGCACAAAGGUGUAAUCAUUGUUCCUUAUUCGAAAUGGGCCUUUGUGAUACAAGCUAUAUUACGUUUAUGGGGGACGUACUGUCAGAGGAUGCCAUAGGAAAGUUCUAUCUAUCAACUUCAGAUAAAUCACCGUACUCGACAAGAAACAAUCCUCAGACAAAUAAAUUUACCAGUUUUAAUUUUGACACUGGACAAAAAUAAUAACUCUGUAACUGUCUGAUUUUUUUUGUAUCAAAUAA